AUGGCUUCAUGGGUUGAAGAGCUCCAUUUUCCUCAUGUAAACAUCCCUAUAACAAUCGCCCAUCUGCUUCCGGUAUCACCUGCAGGGCCCAUAUCAGCUGCCCCAGGUGAUAGCCUCUACCUCUCUAACCUUGACGACAUCAUUGGAGCUCGUGUUUUCACCCCAACUAUUUAUUUCUAUCGAUUCGAUUUCUUGAAUAAUUCCACCCGAAAAUCUGUCAUGAAAACUCUAUUCGAUGCUUUGUCACAUGUUUUAGUUCCUUACUACCCUUUAUCAGGCAGGCUUAGAGAAACCAAGAAUGGUAAGUUGGAGGUAUUUUUUGAACAAGGACAAGGCGCACUCAUGGUAGAGGCAUACUCAGAGAUGGCCUUGGAUAAGCUAGGAGAACUUACAGUGCCGAAUCCAGCAUGGUCCCCAUUGAUUUUCAGGUUCCCAAACGAGGAACCCUACAAAAUUCUUGACAUGCCAUUGCUUAUAGCUCAGGUAACUCUCUUUAGCUGUGGUGGUUUUAGCCUGGGCUUAAGACUCUGCCACUGCAUAUGUGAUGGUCUUGGUGCAAUGCAAUUCCUUCGUGCAUGGGCUGCGACGGCGAAGUCAGGCACUUUGGUUACAAACCCUGACCCCUGUUGGAACAGGAAAUUCUUCCAGCCUCGUAAUCCACCUGUGGUUAAAUACCCGCAUAUGGAAUUUAUGAAAAUAGAUGAAGGCUCAAGCCUAACAAGGAGUCUAUGGCAAGAAAAGCCUGUGCAAAAGUGUUACCGCAUUAGCCGAGAGUUUCAAGCACAAUUGAAAUAUGUAGCAGCUCAAACAAAUGAUCAGAAGUUUUCCUACACAACAUUUGAUGCUAUGGCAGCUCAUGUUUGGAGGUCAUGGGUGAAAGCGCUAGAUGUAAAACCAGUGAACUAUAAGCUUAGGCUUACUUUUUCAGUCAAUGCUCGCAACAAGCUUAAGAACCCGCCAUUGAAAGAUGGUUUUUAUGGCAAUGUGGUCUGCCUAGCAUGUGCAGUAAGCUCUGUGUAUGAACUUAUUACUAGACAUCUCACAGAAACUGCUCAUUUGGUUCACGAUGCUAGGAUUGGGGUGUCAGAGGAAUACUUGAGAUCAACAAUCGAUUAUGUGGAAGUGGACAGGCCGACAAGGCUUGAAUUUGGUGGGAAAUUGACAAUAACACAAUGGACAAGGUUCUCAAUAUAUGAAUGUGCAGAUUUUGGAUGGGGAAGGCCUAUUUAUGCUGGUCCCAUAGACUUGACCCCAACACCACAGGUAUGUGUGUUCCUGCCGGAAGGGGAGGCGGAUCCCAGUGACAGGAUGGUGGUGUGCAUAUGCUUGCCUGAGUCAGCCACCGAUAAAUUUAAAGAGUUCUUGAGUUCCGUAGAUCAAUCAAGGGAUGAGGAUGUUGAUAGGAACAAUUAA